CCUUUAACUGGGCAGGAAGGAGGAGCCGCUGCUGCUGCCAUGGCGCACGAUGGAAAAACCAGAACCAAACGAUAUGAGAAACUGGACUUCCUCGGAGAGGGUCAGUUUGCAACUGUAUACAAAGCCAGGGACAAGAUGACUGACACGAUAGUUGCCAUUAAAAAGAUUAAAGUUGGCCACAGGACUGAGGCUAAAGAUGGUAUAAAUCGGACCGCUCUGCGGGAGAUCAAGCUGCUGCAGGAGCUGCAUCAUCCAAACAUUAUUGGGUUGUUGGAUGCCUUUGGACAUAAAUCAAACAUCAGCCUGGUGUUUGAUUUCAUGGAAACAGACCUGGAGGUUAUUAUCAAAGACACCAGUCUAGUUUUGACUCCAGCAAAUAUCAAAGCCUACACCCUCAUGACUCUACAGGGGUUGGAAUAUAUGCACCACCACUGGAUCUUGCAUAGGGAUCUGAAGCCCAAUAAUUUGCUGUUAGAUGGUAAUGGUGUGUUGAAAUUGGCUGAUUUUGGUUUGGCCAAAGCUUUUGGAAGCCCCAACAGAGUCUACACGCAUCAAGUUGUUACCAGAUGGUAUCGCUCUCCCGAGCUCCUGUUUGGUGCCAGGAUGUACGGUGUUGGUGUUGACAUGUGGGCAGUGGGAUGCAUCCUGGCAGAGCUGCUGCUUCGAGUACCGUUCCUUGCUGGUGACUCGGAUCUGGACCAGCUGACCAAGAUUUUCGAGGCUCUUGGAACACCCACAGAAGAGAAGUGGCCUGGAAUGAGUAGUCUGCCAGACUAUGUGUCCUUUAAGAUAUUUCCUGGCACUCCUCUGGAACAUAUAUUUAGCGCAGCUGGUGACGAUUUACUUGAGCUACUACAGGGACUCUUUACUUUUAACCCCUCAACGAGGACCACAGCAACACAGGCUCUAAAGGAGAGUUACUUCAGUAACCGGCCUGGUCCAACCCCGGGUCCCCAACUCCCCAGACCAAACUGCUCAGCCGAGGCUUUAAGAGAGAAGGAAACUGUCGGGCUCAAGAGGAAAAUAGAGGGCCUGGACACAACUGUGAUGAAAAAGAAGCUAAUUUUCUGACCACACUAAAGGAAAAUGGUUUCCUCUUGAUAAAUCGGAGGAUGACCACGGUUUGGUUCGGCUUCUUGCCUUACUCUGGGUCGUCUGCUGGAAUGGAAGAAUGUCAGAAGAGACUGACAUUAGGACUUUUUAGCUUUAGGCAUUAUAUGGGAAUUGUUCUCCAGGGUUAGCUCAAAAUAUCCAAAGUGUUGCUGUGUCCAGCAGGCCAUCGACUGAUGUACAGCAGAGACUGUGGUUACACAUCUUGCUCUGGUUUUCAGUGAUGCCUAAACUCUGAGAG